AUGGUCCGCCACCGGGUCCCCCACCUUCACCAUGAAGACGCCACCGUCAAUCGGGGUCAUCGCCGGAGACUUCGCCGGCUCUGGCGAGGGAGCAGGGAGGGGUCCUAGGGCUUACCUGGACCCAGAAGCGGUUGCGCUUGGAGCUGGCCUUGAGGAAGUAAUCGGUGCCCCAGCGGAUGGCCUCCAGGGCGUUCCCCAGCUCCCCCGCCGCCUGCAUCUCCGACCGGUAGAAGAGAGCUCCCCAGGCCAAGGUGGUCAUUGUGAACGCCAUGGGCAGCCCGUACUUCACGUUGUCACCGGCGUCGUAGUAGCCACCUACCAGGUCCACCUGGUUCGCCGCACAAGAGCAAGACUAUCAGGAAGACGAAGACGAAGACGAAGACGAAGAAGAAGAAGAAGAAGAAGAAGAAGGAGAAGGAGAAGAAGAAGAAGAAGAAGAAGAAGGAGAAGGAGAAGAAGAAGAAGAAGAAGAAGAAGAAGAACGAGAAGGAGAAGAAGAAGAAGAAGAAGAGGAAGAAGGAGAAGAUGAUGAUGAUGACGACGACGACGACGACGACGAUAAAGAUGAUGAAGGAGGAGGAGGUGGCCAUGACCGGGGAGGAAGGAGACGAUGGGGAGGGAGGAUGA